UUUUAACAUAUUAUUUUAUUUGUGAGUAAAAGUCGGCAAACGUGCCUUUUUUAUUAUUUUUAAUGUAAGGAAAAGUUAUGUAACAUUAAAAUUACGAAGCGGUACCGCAGGUUGAAGUGUCGGCAUUAAAGUGCUUCGUUUACAAAGAAUUUGCAGAGAAAACUAAACAUCAGAUUGUGUGAGCAUUAAAAUCGGUGCUGUCAAAAAUGAUAUUCUACGAGGGGUUUCAGGGGAACAGACAUCCAAUGCAUCCCAUGCAAAGAAGGGAGCCACCCGUUCCUCAAGGUGACAACACUGGCAAUCAGUGUGUGGAGGUGAACCAUGAUGACAUAUCCUCCUUACACAAACGCCAAACGACGUCCGCAAAACACUUGAUCAUAUACGAUAUCUCCAACAAACUGCAGAGGUACGGCGAAUACGACAUAGGAGGCACUUUCACCGACAACGAGCCUGAUUUGUGGUUCUAUUUUAAUACCUCUUUCUGCCCGGGGAACAAGUGUCUCCUCAAUCUAUUUGUAUGUCUAAGAAAAGUUGGCAGCUUCAGCAUCGGGAUAAGCAAAUCUCCUGAAGUCACCCACGGACCGGUCACAGGCAACUCGCCCGGACGAUCCUAUUUACCAUAUGAAUUUAAAUGGCAAGUAUUCAAGUCAAAUCAGCCCGAUGAGAAAUACUUCGUGAAAACUUACUGCUUCACAGCGAAGAACUUGGAAGGCAGGAUACUCUGCAUUCCUAUAGCGAUAAAGACCGAUCCCGCCAGCCCUUUUAACAUGGAUCUUAUUAAACAAAUUAAGCUUAAUCAUGACUUCGGUGAGCUUUUAUCGAAGCAGGAGAAAACUAAUUUUAUAAUUGAGUCAGCUAGUAGGAAACAGUAUCAGGUGCAUAAGAUAAUUCUAGCCGCUCACAGUUCGCUAUUAAGAAACCAAGUUAAGAAUGACACGGACUCACUAUUCUUGGAUAUAAGCGACAAUGAUAUGGAGUUGCUCCUUCAAUUCUUAUAUACGGGUACUAUUAAGGAUAUUUUAAGACAGGAUUGCAUUAAUCUCUUAGAUAUUGCAGGCAAAUUUGAAUUAAGUAACCUAUUUUUCCUAGUGCAAUAUGCUAUAGCUGAACAAAUUAAUAUUGGAAACUGUAUGGAAAUUGCACUUAUAUCGGAGAGAUACAAUUUAGAAAAACUACAAACAACUGUUUUUCAGUUUAUAAAAGAGAAUCCUCAAGUUUAUGAGACUGAAGGAUGGAAAAACUUGAAUGAUAUAAAUCUAACAAAGAAAAUGUUUCAGUAUGUGAAUACGAAUAAGAGCACUUAAUUUAUGGACAAAAAAAAUCACAAUGAUUUUAUAGUAUUUUCACACAUCUCAAUACAUUUUUGCUUUUUAAGGUUAUAAAUUGUAUGAAGAUGACAGCUGCCACCGUAUCCAAACUAUUGUAAAAUGCAAUAAUUGUAGGUAAUAAUCAAGUAUUCUUGAUAAGUUGAUUCAUAUUUGUCACACAGUAACAAAUAUCAAAACGAUUUAUAAAUUGUAAAUAUAAACUUUUUAAAAUCAAUGUAAUAUGUCCAUUGCUUUAAUUAACAGUUUUGACUUGGAUAACUUUAAAUAAAAAAGUUUAACACAUGAAGGCAAGGUCUAGUCAUGAAAAAAAAAUACUACACAUAGGUAUGCUAGAUAUCAAUUCACUUAAUAUAUUUUCUAUAAAAUAAAUAAAUAAAAUAAUAAGAACAGGUUUGUUGUUAAAAAUUGUUAUACAAAGAUAGAGAAGUACCUACUUUUUUCGUUUCAUUAAAGGCCAGAGCACACCGGCUGCGUGUGCGUAGACGUGCCGUGCGCGUGCGCUAAAAUGUUUGAGCCGCGUACGCACACGUCACACAGCGGUGUGCCGUCUCUUAUAAAGAUCUGUAUAUUACAAUGCGCACGUGCACGUUUAUAAUGCGACAUAAAAUAGAAAAUAAAUGAGGGCGCCACUUCCUACGUAACUAUCACAUUUUUGACGUAAAAUGCUUAACCUUUUCGACGCCGUGUCAAACACAAAGUCAAAACUGAAAUUGAACUUUAUGCAUAUGCAUGUAGGCCUUUGUUGCUCUGUGGCACAGAUUAUAUAAUACUAUACUAGUACUCUGUGGUCUAUGACCGAUUAAUCGGUCUUUGGCGUUGAACCUACGGUGCGUAUAUACGUGGAUUUUUUUUAGUUACAUUUUAUUUAAUUUCUCCAAUUUUGUGUCGCACUAUACCUACGCACACGCAACCGGUGUGCACAAGCCUUUCCUGUUGAAUCCAUCUUACAUUUGAUGUGAUAUACUAAGCUGUUUCUGUUCUGUUUACCAAACUAAAAUGGAGUUGGGUGCGACAUGUCGCUAGGUAGAGUGAUGGCAUGGACUAAAAUGUUAACGGAAUGGCCGCUUUCGAAUGAAAGAAGCCCCUGGCGUCCGUCGGCUCGUUGGGUGGACGACAUCCGGAAGAUAGCGGGUCACUUGGAUGAGAUUAGCUCAGGACCGGGACAAGUGGCGUACUGGAAGAGAGGCCUAUGCUCAGCAGCGGGCGAUAAAGGGCCUGAUAUGAUGAUGAUGAUAGUUUCUAUUACAUUCAAAAGUUUAUUUUGUGUAUAUAACUUAGUUUAAGUGACGCAAUUUCACUAAAAAAAGGUGUGAUAUUUAUAAGUAUUCGCUUGAUACGAACAGUUUUAAACCUUUAUAUAAAGUAAUUUGAACGUGCGGAAAUAAAUAAAUGAUGUAUCUUUGUA